AAGUACAUUCCAACAUGAAGUACAUCAUCGUCCUAGUCCUGGCAUUGACCAGCGCAGUGCUGGCUCAAAACGACAUCACCAAGUACACCACCAAGUUCGACAACAUCGAUGUGGACGAAAUCCUAAAGUCGGAUCGGCUGUUCCAUAACUACUACAAGUGUCUACUGGACGAAGGCCGUUGCACACCGGAAGGAGUGGAGCUGAAACGAGUCCUGCCAGAAGCUCUGGAGACAUCCUGUGCCAAGUGUAGCCCGAAGCAGCAGGAGGUCAGCGAUCGGGCCAUUAAAUAUCUGAGCGAAAAUCGACCAGAAGAGUGGAAAGCCCUGAAGGCUCGCUACGACCCGGACAACAAGUACGCUGGAGAUGCGUAAGAGGAUGGCGAUAUGUUGUAAGGUUAAGCAGUU